UCAGCUCGCUUGCUCAGUCGCAGUGCACACAGCCAGUCUACAGCAUCCCUACCAGCCUGCCUCUCACACUCACACACUCUCCAUUCAGCUCCCUCAUCCACAAACACAGAUAGCAGAGCGACCAGCAGCUUACUCACUGAGCCAGAGCUAAGAGGAACAGAGAGCGCAGAGAGGGAGUGACAAAUAAGGUUUAUACGUACAUAAGAGAAGAUGAGGAUGCCUGUGGCCGCGCAGCGCCCCCUCUACCUCCUCCUGCUUCUGCUGAGUGCUGGGGGUGGGGGUUUCUCCUCCCCCCUUGAUCUGGAGCCCCCUGUUCCGGAGGCGGCUGCCCCGGCUGAGGCUGACCCCACCCAGGCCACUCCCCUGCCUGACCCCUGUGAGGGACGGCCCUGUCUCAACGGAGGUGCCUGCUCGGCCCAACCCUCCGACCCAGAGAAAGAGGACACUCUGCCCAAUACCUGGGCUUACAGCUGCACCUGCACCUCCGGCUUCUCCGGACGCAACUGUGAGUUUUUCACAGACCCCUGUGCCAGCAGCCCCUGUUUCCAUGGCAACUGUAGCCGCAGUGGUGAGGGCGAGGCUUACACCUGCGAGUGCAGCGAGGGGUACAAGGGGGAGAAGUGUGAGCAAGCCACCGUGGACCUGCUGCCUGUCUCCAAUUGGGACCCUGCCACACCCGCCAUGCCCACAACCGCCCCUCAGCCCUCCCAGCCAACCAUGGUGUCCACUACAACGCAGGCCCCUCCCACGCUACAGCCGUGGCAGCCUAAGGCUGGACAGAGACUCUUGGUGGUGCAGUGGGAGAAAGAACAGGUGACAGAGGGACUGCAUUGUGUGAGUCCUGAGCUGUGUGAGCUGACCUCUGGAACUCUGACUCUCUCUCUAGAGGUGCCCGAGGAGACUGCUAUUAAGAUUGUGGUGAAUGUGAGUGGCGCUCCCGUCCUGUGGCGUGUUGACAAGGAUGGCUUCCAGAAUUCCUCCUUGGUGGAGGGGACCAUCAUGUGGUUCCAGCAGGUCUCAGAUGGACUGGUUGUCCCUGACCACUUCCUCCCCCUGGGACACAACUACUUCCUCAGUGUGUUGCGCAUGGGCGCCCCCAGUGGCUCGGAGGUCACCCUGCGUCUCAAUCUGACAGUGAAGGCCAGCAGCUGUGUGGAGCCUGGCAGCCGCUUCAGCGACCCACAAUGCUCUGGGAAGGGGAAGUGCAUCACUCAGCCCUCUGUGAGCACCUUCUUCUGUGAGUGUGAGGAUGGUUACUCUGGGAUAUUCUGUGAGGAGUUUGAUGCCUGCCGCCUCAGGCCCUGCCAGAACUACGCCAUCUGUAGUGACUUGAGGCAGGGGGACGAGGGCCGUAACUUCACUUGUAUCUGCCCUCCAGGGUUCCAGGGUGAUCUUUGCCAGUUGCAGGUGGACCACUGCCUGUCUCAGCCCUGCAGAAACGGGGCUACCUGCUCCAGCAGCCUGGCAGGACCCAGGUGCUACUGCCCUGAGGGGUAUCAGGGCAGUAUGUGUGAACAGAGGGUGGACCCAUGUGCCUCCAGCCCCUGCCACAACAACGGGAGCUGCUUCCCCCAGGGUCCCGGCCUGGGCUUUGGCUGCAGCUGUGCUGCCGGCUUCACCGGCCCAACCUGUGCCCAGCUGGUGGACUUCUGUGCCCUCAACCCCUGUGCCCAUGGGAUCUGCCGCAGUGUGGGCACCAGCUACAGAUGUCUGUGUGUCCCAGGGUACCAUGGUCUGUACUGUGAGGAGGAAUACAACGAGUGUUUGUCAGCCCCCUGCCAGAACUACGCUACCUGCAGAGACCUCAUCAACGCUUACGAAUGUGUCUGCACUCCCCAGUAUGAAGGCAGACACUGUGAGAUCUACAGGGAUCCUUGUCUGAAGGCUCACUGUCAGAACGGAGGACGCUGUGAUAGUGUGGGCCUGAACGCCACCUGUGUCUGCCCAACUGGUUACCUGGGGGAGGACUGUGAGGUUGAUGUCAACGAGUGUGAGAGCAACCCCUGUCAUCACGGUGGAACCUGCAUCGACCAAUCAAAUGCCUACACCUGCCACUGCCCCCCAGGCUGGAUAGGGGCCAGCUGUGAGAUACACUUGCAGUGGAAGACGGCCCACCCUGAGGACACCCUGACCAACAUGCCACGUCACUCCCUCUACAUUAUCAUCGGUGCCCUGUGCGUGGCCUUCGUCCUCAUGCUCAUCAUCCUCAUCGUGGGCAUCUGCCGCAUCAGCCGCAUCGAGUACCAGGGCUCAUCUCGCCAUGCCUACCAGGAGUUCUACAACUGCCGCAGCAUCGACAGCGAGUUCAGCAACGCCAUCGCCUCCAUCCGCCACGCCAGAUUUGGGAAGAAGUCCCGGCCAGCCAUGUACGACGCCGCACCCAUCACCUACGAGGACUACAGCCCUGACGACAAGCCCCUGGUCACUUUGAUCAAAACAAAAGAUUUGUAGAAAACACAGAGGCAGCACACCCACCCACACACAGUAUCACGCAUCACCUGUUCACACACACAACUAACUGGACAUGUUCGGAUGUGCACCAAUACACACAAAUUCAGUCAAUGUAAACCAUUUAGUAUUUCUUUACAUAAACAUUGAAAAAAUAAAUGUGGACGAAACAAUAGUCCUGCGGGAAGAAAAAUACAAAUCUAUUUUACAGUUGGAAUAUCCAUAAAGCUACUGUAGCAUAAGAUCGCACCUUGCAUUAUGCUACUUCUCUCCAGUAGAAUGUGACUACAUUACCCAGGAUGCCAUUGGGGUCCUAAAGGGGGCGGUUCCUGACAUCCCCCACCAACCCAUGAGCUCAGUUUAAAGUGUAGAUUCAGCAGAGGCUGCUGAUAGGAGUUCUUACAGGUGUGGUAGAAAUAGGUGCACUUGUCAUAGUGCAGUACGAUAUAUAUAUAUAUAUCUUUCUAUAUAAAAAAAUCUGCAGUAGGUUGCCUUACUUGAUGCAUGGGUAGAUUUGAUGGUUUCUGCAUAAUUUUGAAACCCUCCGUACAUUGUGAUUGAUUUACUGUAUCUUUACCAGGUUUGUGCCAAAAUCGUCUCCUUCUUCAGGCAACAACGUGUGGUAGAAGUAGAACAGACGUAAAAACCACUAUGGGGGAAGCUUUAAAACAGUGUUUAAAAAAAACAAACAUUGGUUGUCAUGUUUUUGUUAUUUACAAGUUCUGUACAAGUAAAGAAGGAGAAAUAAUUGUAGUCACAGUGUUGUAUGGUUUCCCUAUAUGAGGACAGUGUUUUUCGCAGGAGUGGUCGGAGUAGCCAAUGGGCGGGUCUUGUGUGGAUGACUGACAGGUGGGGAGGGCGGGUCUUGUGUGGAUGAUUGACAGGUGGGGGUCAGCUGGUGAGUCUGCUCCAGUAACAUGUGCUUCUGUGUCCCAGGUAUAGGUGUCUCUCUCUGUCUGUGUGUGGUUGUGUUGUUCCACUCAGGGUCAACCCCUGGGUGCAUUGGUUUUGGGGCGCCGGAUGGGCGGAACAUUUUAGACCAUUCCAUUGGUUCUUUAGCGUAAUCUCUGCCCACCCAGAGCACCGAGUGAGCUCUCCACUUCACUGAUGUUUAGCCAAAUAGGAUCAUUGUCCUUUUUUAAAAAGAGAAGAACCACAUGAUUAUUAUCUAUGUUCAAUGAUGUAACAAUAAAGGUUGAAGUGAACACAAACCCA